AUGCGUCCUGUUGGUACCGCGGCAAGCAUGGCGAGGGAGGACCGACCGGAGUUCGUGAGGUGGAGCGAGGAGUUCCUCUCGCAGGAGAGGGGCAGCCGCGUCGUGCAUUAUUACUUGGAAGACGCCGAGGGCGUGUCUCACUUGGCAGUCGUGGGCACGGAGCGGAGCCUGCGCCACAUGCUCUACGUCGUGUCAGAGGAUUUCCACGGGCCGCAGGGAUCCGGUGGUGCUGAUGGUGGGCAGGGGAUGUUUGCGCGCAAGUGGCGGUCACGCCGUGAGGUGGUGGAUUGGCUCGAGUCCUUCCUUCCGGCGAAGACCCUCACCUCAAAUUGUUACUCAGUGAUAUUGAUAUCUAGUUGCUUGUUGUUCAUUCCAGAUUUUUCAAAAUUUGGACCUCGUAUGGGCAAUGAUGUUGGAUUAGAUGGAUACAGCGAAACUGAUAGCUAUGUGUGUCACAAUCUGGGUACAACUUGCAGUACAGACAUUAUGUGGUCUGGUCCAUUCUGGACUUGUAGCAAGCAGCUUCAGCACUAUCAAGCCUUUUGUCGUAAUGGAACCACAAUAUCUAUCCACUCUUUUGCACUUGUCAUGUCUGAGGAGGAAAACCGUUAUCUUGCAUACUUGGAGGAUAUGUAUGAAGAUAAGAAGGGACUCAAGAAAGUUAAAGUGCGAUGGUUUCAUCAAAACCAGGAAUUUGCUUGUGCCAUACCUCCUCCUGCUCCUCAUCCUUGUGAAGUUUUCAUCACCUCUUAUUCUCAAGUAAUCAGUGUUGAGUGUGUCGAUGAUAUUGCUACUGUUUUAACCCCAGAGCAUUAUGAAAAAUGUGGGGACACUUUGCCAAAUAGUUCAUUGGCGGGGAUCCGUUUCUGCUUUCGUCAGUACAGCAAAAAUAAAUUUAAGCAUUUUGACUUGAGAACAUUGCGUGGAUAUUUUAAUCAAGCUGCUGUCCUAUCCUUGAAAGUUUCACCUGAACAAGAAAAGGAUGGUUCUGAUGUCAUAAGGAUAGUCAGACAUUGUUCACCUGGGAAGACCAAGUCUUCAAAGCAGUUCGAGAGGCUUUAUUCGAAAUGUUUGGGUACCAAAAUCUGCCGAAGCCCACAAGCAGAUUCCAUACCAUCUUAUCAGAAGCCAAGUAAUAAACAAUCUCCUGUAAGACAUCUCUCAGUUAAGUUUAUAGGGCCCCAGAGUCAGCCUAUGCCAACCUACAACGUUGGUGACAAGAUAGAGGUCUUAUCUCAAGACAGUGGCAUUGUGGGCUGCUGGUUCAGGUGUACAGUUCUGAGGCCAUGUACUAGUCAUGACAAACUGAAGAUUCAAUAUGAUGAUCUCGAAAAUGCUGAUGAUUGUGGUAAAUUGGAGGAGCGUGUACGUGCCUCUAUAUUGGCUCUUCCUGAUAAACUUGGACUGAGAUGCCCAGGCCGGCUAAGAAUUAGGCCACGUCCUCAACAAAAGACUUUGGUCGAUGACACUGCUCUUUUACCUGGAACUGCUGUUGAUGUCUGGCAAUUUAAUGGCUGGUGGGAAGGAGUUUUAGUGAGUACAGAUGCCGGUUCAUCUGAUGGCCUGCAAAUAUAUUUCCCAGGUGAAAACUCUUUUCGUGUAUGCCAGCUAAAUGAUAUAAGAAUUUCAAGAGAUUGGAUCAAGAGUCGUUGGAUACAUAUAGAAAGGAAGCCAGAUGUGUUGUUGAGAAUACCUUCGGUUGGUGUCCAAACUAGGCAACUUGAUAACAUGACAUCCACUGGUCGUUUGGGCUCCAAUUCUGCACUAUCUGAUCAAGAGCUUGCAGUUGUGCAAGCAAACUCCAGUCGAGAUAAACAGACUGGAGUCAGUAUGCAAACUGAUGUUAGUUUGAUUGACAAGGCCUCUGCUUCUAUAGAUGAUGAGAAGCAAACAAUAUUAGGGAAGCGAUAUGCUGAACAUGACUGCAAUGGGGAAGAAACAGGAGCUGCUAAGCAAACUGAGACUAGUUUAACUGAGACCGCCUCUGCAGCUGCAGAGAUUGAAAAGCAAACGAUGUCAGGGAAGCGGCUUAGGGAUGGUACUGCAGAACAGAACUGCAAUGGGCAAAUGUUUAGUUUGACUGAUAAGGGCUCUGCUUCUGUAGAGGAUGAUGAGAAGCAAACAGUGUUAGUGAAGCGAGUGAGGUAUGAUGACGCUGAACAGGACUGCAAUGGGGAACAAACAGGAGCUGCUACGCAAACUGAGGUUAGUUUAACUCACACGGCCUCUGCAGCUGCAGAGGAUGAAAAGAGAACGAUAUUGAGGAAGCGGCCUAGGGACGAUGCCGCGGAACAGAACUGCAAUGGGGAAGUGUUCUGUUCAACUGAUAAGGGCUCUACUUCUAUAGAUGAUGAUGAGCAAACAUUAUUAGCAAGGGGGCCUAGGGAGGGUGAUGCUGAUCAGCACUGCAAUAAUGAAGUGUUAAGUUUGACUGAUAAGGCAGCUACUUCUGUAGAGGAUGAAAAGGAGACAAUACUAGGGAAGCGGCCAAGGGAUGAUGGUGCUGAACAGCAGUGCAACGAUGAAGUAUUCAGUUUAACUGUCAAGGCUUCUCCUCCUAUAGAGGACGAGAAGCAAAGAGUAUUAGGGAAGCGACAUAGGGGCGACGAUGAUGAACAAGACUGCGACGGGGAAGUAGGCGUAGACUUAGAUGUCAGCAAGCCGUGA